AUGGCACUUCGUGCCACUGCCAAGAUUGAUGACGACAGUGUCAGUAAAUUAGAUGAAGUAGAGGAAGAGCACAGCAACCUGAUGAAACAAACUCUUGAGGUCUUGAUCGCACAAAGAGAAGGAACUGCCUCAUCACGGACUUCGACAAAGAGGUCGAAGAAAUCUCACGCUGUACGCGUGGUAUCAGAGAAGCAGCAAGAUUGUCAAGAUUGGGUGAAUGGCAUCCGCGAAGUUGAACCAGAAACUCACCCAAAUGUAAAUGACCUUCGAGGUGACGCAGUGAACGUCUUAAUAGAACAGAUGCGGAUGACAAGGCUCCCAUUGCCCGAACCAGUGACAUUUGCAGGAGAUCCUAUGUCCUUUCCUGCGUGGAAGCACGCGUUUGAUGUUUUAAUCCAACAAAGCGGUAUUCAGCCUAUGGAUCGGUUUUUCUACCUACAGAAAUACUUAAGAAGUCAACCUCUAGAACUUGUUCGAGGAUAUGCUCUAGUUGGAAAUGACAAGGCAUAUGGGGAAGCCAUGACAGCCCUCACCAGUAGAUAUGGUGACCCCUUCAUCAUAGCAAAUGCCUUUCGCGAUAAAUUGGACCGAUGGCCAAAGAUAUCUCCGAAGGAUGCCAUCGGUCUGAGGAAUCUGUCAGAUUUCCUCCAUCAAUGUGUCAGUGCCAUGGACAAGAUUGGUAACCUUCACCACCUAAACGACGAAAGGGAGAAUCAAAAGAUCUUGUAUAAAUUGCCAGACUGGCUCGUUGCACGAUGGUCACGCAAGGUUAUCGAUUGGAGAGACGUGAAUGGACAGUUUCCUCCUUUUCAGAUAUUUGCAAAAUUCAUCGAAGCAGAAGCUAAGGUAGCAUGCUACCCUGUUACCUCUCUCCAUGGCAAAAUCGAUGGAAGAUCUAACAAGACGAUGUCUUUAUCAGAUGUCAGAACCCUCUCAACCAAUGUGACGUAUCCAAACUCAGGCAGCAAGGAAAGGGAGAAGAGAGUUAAGCCACAAUCAUGUUCAUGCUGCAAGAAAGACCACUCCCUACAAGAAUGUACCGAGUUUGCGUCAAAGAACAUGGCGGAUCGUAAAAGUCACAUAAGAGAGAAAGGUCUAUGUUACGGCUGCCUAAAGUAUGGUCACAUGUCUAAGGCUUGUAGGCGAAGAAGUACCUGUGACAUUUGUAACGGACGACAUCCAUCUUUACUACAUGAAAGCAGAAAGAGACCAGAACCAAAGAAGGAACAAGAGAUAGAUCCAAGACCCAAUGAAACUCAGUCGUCAUGGUCUCAUGCUUCAUUUAGCCAACACUCUAACGCUGGAUUGACCAUUACAAAGAGUACAAUGAUAGUUCCUGUCUGGCUUUCUCACUCGACCACAUCGGAUGAGCGAAUGAUGUAUGCAUUACUUGACACUCAAUCCGACACCACGUUUCUGCUAGAGAAAACCAAGAAUGAGAUGAAUUUGCAUGGAACUCUUGUAAGUCUCCUUCUUUCAACGAUGUCGGCUGUGGAUGAAAGAGUACCAAGCGAACGCAUUGAAGGUCUUUCCAUCAGGUCAUUUGAUGGAGAACAGAAGAUAGCUUUACCAUCAACCUAUACCAGACAGUUCAUACCAGCAAAUCGUAAUCACAUACCCACUCCAGAGAUGGCGACCAGUAUCCCUCACCUUUCCAAGAUUUCACAUAACCUACUGCCCUUACAAGAUUGUGAAAUUGGUUUGUUGAUUGGGUACGACUGUGCUAGAGCCCUCAUUCCAAGAGAUGUCAUUCCUCCUGAUCGUGAUUGGCCUAAUGGUCCAUAUGGCCUAAAGACAGACUUAGGAUGGAGCAUUGUGGGUACUGUGAAAGAAAAUGAACACAACUAUGAGGAUGAUCCAGUUGGUGUAAGUCAUCGAUUGACAGCCUGUGAGAUUCCUGCUGAGCUAAAAACAGGAAACAAGGAUGUGUUGUUUGCUCAUAACACAUCAGUCAAGGAAGAGAUCACCCCUGCAACAGUGACAAGAUUGAUGGAAGCUGAUUUCCUUGACACCAAGGCUGAAGGAGUGGCAUACUCACAAAAUGACGUCAAAUUUAUGAACAUUAUGAGAGAUAAGAUUCACAAAUUAGACGAUGGGCAUUAUGAAAUGCCUUUGCCAUUCAAGGAUGAGAAGCCAAAGUUGCCGAAUAACACAGUUCUUGCGAAGGGAAGACUUGAUCAUCUUGGAAGAAAGUUCAAGCAAAAUGACGAGUAUCGCAAGAAGUACACCAAGGUAAUGGAAACUCUUCUAGAGAAAGGUUAUGCGGAACCAGCACCAGACCAUAACACAGAUGGUAAAGUGUGGUAUAUCCCACACCAUGGGGUAGUUCAACCAAAUAAACUGAGAGUCGAAUUUGACUGCAGUGCGAAAUGCAGAGGAGAGUCGUUAAAUUCGCACCUACUCACAGGACCAGACUUAACAAAUAAGUUAGUCGGAGUACUCUGCCGCUUCAGACUGGAUCACGUCGCAUUCAUGUGUGACAUUCAAGAAAUGUUCCACCAGUUCAGAGUCAACAUGGAAGACAGAGAUUAUCUCAGAUUUCUGUGGUGGAAGGAUGGUAAUUACGAUGAAGUACCAAAUGAAUUCAGGAUGAAAGUACAUCUAUUUGGGGCAGCCUCCUCACCGGGAUGUGCCAACUUUGGUCUCCGACAAACUGCUUCAGACCAUGCUGUUGAGUUCGGUGAAGAUGUAAGAGACUUCAUUCAUCAAGAAUUUUACGUGGACGAUGGCUUGAAGUCCUUGCCUACAGUACACCAAGCUGUAGAUCUCAUAUCCAGAACCAAGAAACUAUGUGAGAAGGGCGGUCUCCAUCUCCAUAAGCUUGUAUCUAACUCAAGAGAGGUACUGCAGACGUUUCCCGAAAGAGAUAGAGCAAAAAAUGUAAGAGAGAUUAAUCUGCUCCAGGAUGAUCUACCACUAGAGCGAGCUCUUGGAGUCCAGUGGUGUGUUGAAUCUGACUCAUUUAACUUCAGAAUCACACUUCAGGACAAGCCGCUAACCAGACGAGGGAUACUUUCUACAGUUAUGUCUAUCUACGAUCCCCUCGGAUUAUUAGCACCUGUGGUGCUUAAAGGAAAGCAGAUCCUCCAGGCACUUUGCAAGAUGUCAACAGACUGGGACGAUCCUCUUCCUGAUGAUCUCCGGGUACAAUGGCAAAAAUGGAGAACGGACAUACUGCAACUUGAAUCCAUAUCAAUUGCUAGGUGCUACAAACCUACUGAUUUCAAGUCAAUAAAGUCGGUACAAUACCAUCACUUUACUGACGCAAGUACUACAGGAUAUGGUCAAUGUACUUACAUGAGGUUGACUGAUGCCACUAACAAAAUACAUUGCUCACUAGUACUUGGAAAAAGCAGAGUAGCACCACUGAAGUCUGUAACAGUACCUCGCCUGGAAUUGACUGCUGCUGUUGUCGCCGCUAAGGUUAAGAAGUUUCUGGAAGCAGAGCUCAAAUUUGAUGAUGCAGAACAUGUGUUCUGGACUGACAGCAGAGUCGUGCUUGGCUACAUAAAUAACACUGACAAACGCUUUCACGUAUUUGUAGCCAACAGGAUUCAACAGAUCCGGGACUUUUCCAGACCUUCAGAGUGGAAGUACAUUGAGUCAAAAAAUAACCCAGCUGAUGAAGCAUCCAGAGGUCUAACAGUUAAUCAGCUAAAUGACUCAAAAUGGCUACAUGGACCAGAAAUGCUAUGGGAACAGUCAAUUCCCACAGAUGAAGUUAGAGAGACAUUCGAUGUUCUUCCCAAUGACCCAGAGGUGAAAAGGACUCAAGUACAUGUCUCUCAAUCCAGAGAAGAUGGGUUCGACCUGCAAAGACUUCAACGUUUCUCUAGUUGGCUUGUAGCAAGGAAAGCUGUUGCAUACUGCCUGAUAUUCAUCUCACGUUUGAAACAACGCUGUAGAGAGAGACAUGCCAAAAAAGCAAAGGACGAUCCAUCAACCAAGGCUAAUGUUGCAGUGCUGGAUCUCCAUCAAGCAGAGAUUGAAAUUCUGAAGCAUGUUCAAAGAGAAGCCUUUGGAGAUGAAAUCCAGAUUCUGAAAUCUAUCCAAAAUGAUCAGGGUCUAACUGAAAGAAAGAAGAAACGUCAGAUAAAGAAAGCUAGCCGUCUCCAUGGUCUUGACGCCUUCCUAGAUAAAGACGAUAUCCUGAGGGUAGGAGGACGGAUUCGAAGAGGUGAUGAUUCGUACAUAAGGAAGCAUCCCGCAAUCCUUCCUCAAAGCCACCAUAUCACAGAAAUAAUCCUUCGUCAUUGCCAUGCAUUAACAGCACAUCAGGGUAGAGGCAUGACGCUCAAUCAAGUCAGAGAGAAUGGAUUCUGGAUUCUCGGAGGCAGUAAUCGAGUAUCAAAACUCAUACGGAAAUGUGUCAUAUGUCAGAAACUACGAAGUCCAACUCAAAUCCAAAAAAUGUCAGAUCUUCCUUCCGACAGAGUAACAGAGGCUCCACCAUUCACAUAUUGCGGGAUGGACUGUUUUGGACCUUGGAUGAUUAAGGAAGGUAGAAAGGAUUUGAAGAGAUACGGUCUCAUCUUCACAUGUAUGGCCUCUCGGGCGGUACACGUCGAGACACUCAACAGCUUGACUACUGAUUCAUUCAUUCAAGCAUUUCGUCGUUUCACAGCUCUCCGAGGACCAGUUCAACAACUGAGAUGUGAUAGAGGGACAAAUUUCGUCGGAGCGGAUGCAGAACUAAAAAAAGCCUGGCAUGAAAUGGAUCAUCAGAAGGUCAAGGACUGUCUUCUCAGUGAAGGAUGUGAUUAUGUUCACUUUAUCUUCAACGUUCCCUCUGCCAGCCACAUGGGAGGAGUAUGGGAGCGGCAGAUACGCUCUAUUCGCAGUGUUCUAGAUACUCUCCUGUACCAAUCUGGAAGGCAGCUUGAUGAUGAAUCACUACGAACCUUGAUGUGUGAGGCUGCAGCUAUCAUCAACAGCAGACCAUUGACAGUAACUCAUCUCAAUGAUCCAACGUAUCUAGCACCUCUGACACCAAACCACCUCAUAACAAUGAAGUCAAAGGUGUUCCUUCCUCCCCCAGGAAACUUCCAGAAUGCAGAUAUCUACUCGAGAAAGCGAUGGAGGAGGGUACAACACCUCAUUAAUGAAUUCUGGAGUAGAUGGAGAAAGGAGUUUCUUCAGAACCUUCAGGUCCGCCAGAAGUGGACACGCCCACAACGCGAAGCUUGUGUUGGAGACAUCGUCAUUCUGAAGGACAACAAUACUCCAAGAAAUCAGUGGUCCCUAGCGCGUGUUGCCGAAAUCCUACCAUCUGAAGAUGGACACAUUCGCAAAGUGAAACUCACCUUGGGAGACCCCGGAAUAGGUAAUAGUGGUAAGCGUAAAGGUCCGCUUCAAGAAUUGGAGCGUCCUAUUCACAAACUGAUCUUACUGUUACCGCAAGAAGACCAAUAGGAAUUCCCGGCCAAGGAACCUGACUUCGAACAUUUACGCAGGGAAUCUAUUCAAUUAGGAUUAAAAUGUUGAGAAAGCCUAGAAAGUAUGGGCCUUAUUAUAGUUUGAUUAAUCGAAAAAGUCUGUAAAUGAGACUAAUUGAUAUGAAUUUUUCCAGAAACAUUAAUUUCUAUAAUAUAUCAGCAUGUUCCAUUGAUUAAGUCUGAGAAGAAGGCUACAACAUUCAUCAGGAGCAACAAAUUAAUUUGGAAGUCUAGAGUCAAGACUAUUCAUAUCUUCAAGGUCUGCAUGAUGAAAGACUAUACAAACUCAUUUAUUACAGACCUUAUUAGUGCCUGAACUGAGACUGACUGAACUUCUAAAUUUGCACAAGAAAAAUGUGAAAACUUUCAUUGAACAGCAAAGUUUAUGUAUUGCAUUUUUCUAUGUAAUAACCAUUCAUCUCUUUACAGGUCAUUUAUGAUGUUUCAACAAGUUUGGAUUUAACAAGUCAAUGCUCUGGAAUUCACACGUUUAUGUAAUACAGCAGCCAAAAUUUUCAAAAUUGGGAAUAUGUUUAUUUGAUUUGUUUUAAAAGGGUGAAUGUAAAAGGGAAAUCACAUUCAUCUUUGAUGGCUAAAUUUACAAAGUGGCUGAAUUCCAGAAAUUAUUGAAAUGUAUAAUAUAGUAUCAAUGGGCAUAUGUGUGAUUCACUAUGAAACCUUUAUUUAUAUAUGAAUAUUAGAAACAUGUAUGAACAUUGUUUCUGUGUUGUUGUUUUUUUUUCAUACAAUUUACGAAGAUUUAUGCUUAUCAAUAUGAAAUUGUUAAUUGAGAUAAGCAAGAGGCUAGAUGAAUUUAUUCGCACUUGAAUUCAGACGAAAACUCGUGCGAGAUGUUAAGAUGUAUUGUUUAUUCAAAGUAGAAAAGAUGUUAUACAAACAUUAAUUGGAUUGUGCUAGUUGCACUUGGUUUAAUUAUUGGUGAAAGACCUCAACUAAUUUACCUUUUUGGAGCUAAGUUUGAAUUUGGUUGCAAACCUUUACAAUCAUUUAAAGGCAAUCAAUGUCAGCAAAAUUUAAUAGGAAACAAUUUUUUUUUUCAUAAGAUUGUGCUGUAUAUCAUUGAGAGUAAGCAGCUUGAGAUUGAUUACCUAGUUAAUAUAUACAGUGUUUAUUUGGUAACAUGUUUAAUUGAUCUUAAGAAUGUUUGACAUGCAUAGUAUGUACAUUAGUUUCAUAUUGUUGUUGAUAAUGCACGAGCAAAAUUUAAACUAGAAAAAGAUAGAAAGAAAGUCUAUUUAGGUUAUCGACGAUCUGUGAUAAUUCGAUCAAUCGUUAUUUGGUAAAUUAUAUUAAUAAUUUAAAGGAGCCAUGUUUCAGUGAUCGAUCUUUUUUGACAAUUAUUUGGACUGGUUUAAAUUUAGUUAUGUAGCGCCAUCUUCAGGCUACUAAAUUUGCUAUCUGGAAAUGGCACCAUUUUCGAAUUCCAGUUGAUGAAAUCUGUCUAAUUUGGAGACAUCGACGUGUAUUAUGAAAAUAUACACAUAAGAAGGCAGAAAGGAGUUUUUACGGAGCAUACGGAGUAUAUGGAUCAUUUGAGAUAAUUAAAGAAUGAUUGGAACCCCAAAGAAAUGACCAAUUGUCCUUUAUAGAGAUGCUUCAGCUAC